UUCAACCAUCUCCAUCAUCCAUCAUCAGAUUGUCGAUAACAUUUAACAGUGCAGAUCAGAAACUCCAAAGACUCCGAGACUCUGACGCCAACAUGCUCUCGUUCCUCUUCUUGUUUGGUCUGACUCUGGGUGCUGUGUCUCCUUCAGACGGCAAUCUGGUGGAACUACUGCGUGGCAACUGUCCCAUGUUCUGGUUCAGCUUCAACGGCCGCUGCUACAAGUACGUCGCUACACGUUUGACCUGGGCUGAUGCAGAGCUCCACUGUGUGUCACAGGGAGGCAACCUGGUGUCCAUCCACAGUCUGGAAGAAGAGAAUUUCAUCAAAUCCCUGAUCAAGAAUUUUGACCAUGCUCAGGGAUUUACCUGGAUUGGACUCAGCGACAUCCACAAAGAAGGUAGUUGGAUGUGGUCUGAUGGUUGCAAAGUGGACUAUGUCUAUUGGGAUGCAGGAGAGCCAAAUAACAGUGGGGGAAAUGAAGACUGUGUUCACAACAACCAUGAUAGAAAUUUGAAAUGGAAUGACAGGCCAUGUUCUGUUACUAUUCCCUCCGUUUGUGCAUCUCGUAUAACCUGUCCUCAGCAAUAGAGAUGUAACAUGAUUGAACCCUGGUCACUGUUCACCUGUUGCUCUGUUGACAUGCAUUAGGCCUCCAGAAUAAAGACAUAGAUGUGCAUUUAUGUUUGUUCAGAACUAAUUUCAUUCUGAUGAAUGUGUGACAUUUACACAGGUAACUCCAAAUGAAAAGCUUCUGUUUUCUUAUCAUUAUUUUUGUCAGAGAUUCACACAAACUUCCUACCAAAUCUCUAGUGAAUGUUUGCUCAAUAUACACACAGUUUGUACGUGGAUAUUCAGCCUUCACUAAUUAUGAAACAAUGUUUCACAAAUGUGCUGUUAAAUACUGUAUUAAGUGUGUGAAAAUGAACUGAAGGAACUAAAUGAAGACGCUCGAACAAGAGAUUAAAGAUGCAACCAGGAUGAAUUCAUAAUUAAAAAAUGAUCUACAACACA